AACACAAACAAAAACACCUACCUACGAUUACCUAACCAGCAAAAAAAAAAAAAGACACAACCACCCGCCGCCACUCGCCAACUUACACACGACACUCCUCCUCACCAAAACCAUGAACCGCCUCCCAAUCCAGUCCAUGCAGCGCAAGCUCCUGGCCCAAAUCCAGCACGAAUCCGGGCCCAACGCCGCCGCGGCGGUGAGGCGGGCCGCGCUGAGGAGUCCCCACGCGCGGCCGGCGUGCGACGUGUUCAUCAACCACCGAGGGAUCGACACGAAGCGGACGGUGGUGACGUUGCUGUACGACCAGCUGGCGAGGCUGCGGCUGCGUCCCUUCCUCGACAACAAGAGCAUGAAGCCUGGGGACAAGCUGUUCGACAGCAUCAACCGCGCCAUCCGCCAGUGCAAGGUCGGCGUCGCCGUGUUCUCGCCGCGCUACUGCGAGUCCUACUUCUGCCUCCACGAGCUCGCCCUCAUGAUGGAGUCGCGGAAGAAGGUGAUCCCCAUCUUCUGCGACGUCAAGCCGUCCGAGCUCCGUGUGCCGCCGACGGUGGCCGGGCGGCAGGGGAUGCUGUACUCCGAGGAGGAGAUGAGGAGGUUCAGUUUGGCUCUUGAGCAGGCCAAGUACACCGUGGGCCUUGAUUUCGACUCCACCAAAGGGAAUUGGUCGGAUGUGGUGACGAAUGCGACGGAUAUCGUAAUCGAUAGUUUGAUUGAGAUCGAGAAUGAGAAGCAGAUGUUUAUACGUAGAAACUGAUGUCCUAUAUAGUUAAACGAUAACUUACUUUGCAUAAUUGCUUGUUUAAUUGUUUGAGGAUUUUAUUCUUUGAUUGUAUAAUAAGUGUUGAUUUAGGAGCAUGGUUAGCUUAGCUCCAUGCUGGCGGGGCAACAAAAGGCAAAAAGGCCAAGCUUCUGUUUUUUUUUUUUUUCUUCUUCGUUCUAUAGUUGUGUUGGCUUCUGAUUUGGAAAUCAUAUAUACUCAGUUAACAAUUAUUUUGUGAUGUGAAAUAAUUUUCAAUGAAAAUUACAUGAAAAA